AAAGAUUGCGCGCGCCUGUUGCGCGGUUAUGGAACAAACGACGACGCUGCGCUCCUCAAAACCGGUCGUUCAACGAAAAUUUAAAAAUUCGUUAUAUUUUUUAUGGCUUCGUGAACGAGGGGACGUAGGGGAGGAAUUUAGAGAGUAGCGUCCGCUAGGGGUUGCUCGGCUGCUUCGCGCCUGCGCACGUAGUUCGCGCCACUGCUACGUCGCUUGCAAGCCAGAUGUUCUGAAAAGCUUCCUGUCGCCGUUUCAAUGCUCUGCGGUUUUAUCUAAUAAAUAGUUAUAAAAUGUGGACUAGGACUUUUUAAAAUGUUUUCUUUAAAAAGUGAAGAAUUCUGUGAAUAAUAUAAUAUGUGUUUUGUAUAAACUGUGUUUGUCUGAAAAUUAUCGAGCGUCUCGAUGUCCACGAGUUCACUCGAGACCAACCAACAAAGCGGCGGACAUUUUAUUUUGAGUACUCGAUAAUGUAGCGUUUGCGUCGAAAACAUUAAUGUCGUUUUAUGGUUACAAAUUGGAAUAUCGUUCGCUUACACCUUUCCGAUGCCGAGGGGGGUGAAGCGAGGGCCGGCGGAGAGCGAGGCGGUAGUGGUGCGCGCCGGGGCGUCUCCGUCGCAAACCACGCUGCUGGACGCCAGCCCGCAGCCCAUCACCUACCACCUGCUCGACCACGGCUAUGGCGCGACGCCGCAGCACCAGAUCCGCCGUGAGGCGCCCUCAGCGCCGCCGAAAACGUCAGAAGCGGUGAAAAGAAGACUGAACCUGAGCGAGAGCAGCUCAGGCAGCGGGCACCAGGGGCACGUGGUGCCAAUGAAGGCGGACUUCAAGACGCCCAAACAGAAGCGUGUCAAGGUGCUCACGCCCUACAGCCGACCGUCCAGUUCUAUGAAGAAGUAUUCAGAACGAUCCAGGUUUGACACAUCAUUAGGUUUACUUACAAAGAAAUUUGUUGCAUUAUUGAAAUCAUCCCCAAACGGCGUGCUCGACCUGAACAUAGCCGCAGAGCACCUCUCGGUACAAAAACGACGAAUUUACGACAUCACCAAUGUACUCGAGGGUAUAGGAAUAUUAGAGAAGAGGUCCAAAAACAAUAUACAAUGGAAGUGCGGGCUGGGCGGCGGCGGCGGCGACGAGAGCACGGCACGGAGGCUACGGCGCGAGGUGCGGGCGCUGGCGGCGCGGGAGGCGCGCGCGGCGCGGGCCGUGGCGGUGGCGGAGGCGGCGCUGUCGCGGCUGUCGGCGGAGCACGGCUCGCUGGCCUACAUCACCUACGGAGACCUGCGCUCCAUACGGGACUUCCGCAACCAGACCGUUAUUCCUAUCAAGGCGCCGCCGGACACCAGGCUUAGUGUACCCCAUCCUGACGAGAAAGGUUACAUGAUCCAUCUGAAGUCGAUGUCGGGAGAAAUAGAAGUUUACCUCUGUCCUAAAGAAAGACCUCUAACACCUACACCAUCAUCAAUAUUACCACCCGACCCACUACUAGAAGACAAUAAGGCCCUACUGGCGCCGCUCAUAGCGCAGCUACAGUCCUUGCCUUCUAGUUCCAUCGUUGCGGACUUCACCACGCCAGUGAAGCGGGAGGCUGAGGCGAAGAUGCUGGAGGUGUGCACGCCGUGCGUGACGGACCCGACCAUGCCGCUGGAGCCGCCGCUGCGGGCGCCCGCCCCCGCAGCCCCCGCCGCCCCCGAUGGCCCCUCCACCCCUGCGCCGGCCUCCGCCGGGCUACACACGCCGCAGCCCGCGCACACGCCCAAACACGAAACACCCGACAGUGGCACGGCGCGGGGCCGGCUGCGUAACGCGCUGAUAGCGGACAGCGACGACUUCGCGCCCAUCAUGGGCGGCGGCCGCUUCCAGCUGCAAACUGAGGACCAGGAGUCAGAAUCGUUGGAGUUGGAGCCGUUCCUAGCGCUGGAGCCGCCGAUGUCGGCCACCGACUACGGAUUCUGUCUCGACCACGACGAGGGAUUAGCCGAGCUGUUCGACUUCGAGUUCUAGCGAGAGCUCACGUGCUACUUACUUACUGGUCUGGUGUAAACGUCCGUUCUUCACUGUCCUUACAGCUGGCGAGCGCGGUAGAUGAAUUUUACUGUAGGAACAUACAAAAAAGGAUUUAUGGUGAGUCGCGUAAAACGCCUACUUGCUGGUUACAAAGUGCCAGGCAAACUUUGCGAGUAACUUUCAUAAUAACUCACUACUACUCGUAGUACCUUAUUUACAAAUUCAUUACACGCUGCUCGCCGGUGGUUUGACAAGUGGCUGGAAGUGUGAGUGUACGCAUGGUAGUGGUCUCGUUGAACUUAAUGUACGUUCCUUCCUCUUGUGUACAUUGGUAAUGUGUAAACUGCAGCUAAAGACCAUUCGUGCUCGUGAACUUAGUAAACGAAUUUGUGGGAGUGACUACUUAAUAGUGAACCAUUUCCACUGCACAGGUCAUUCAUUACACUAUUAAUUUUGGCUAAUAAGAUUGCCUUCAAGUCCAUGAUAACACAUUUUUUGUUAAGAUUAUGAGAAAAAUAGCUCAAAAAUUAUUACUACUUAAUAACGAAGAGUUUUUUAAGUGUUUUGUUUAUGAAAUUUAUCAAAGUUGUAAAGUUUUGGACACAUACAAAUGGAUGCUACCGGAAUACGUAUCGAACAAGAGAAAGGCUAAAUAAUUAGAUUGUUUUAUUCUAGCUCUCUCCUUAUGUAUCCAUAAAGCUUAACAGAGCUAAACUAAUAGUAGUAUUUGUAAGAUCACUCAAAACUUUAGCUAUUUAAUUUUGUGCAGUUUCAUAAUAUAUGUUACAAAAUUGUUUUCAUUGACUAUGUAUGUUUGUAAAUCAGAAAGCAUGUUCUGAUUUAUGAGAAGUUGCUGGCAAUAUGGCUGGUUUGUAGUCACAUUUUUGUAAAAUUAUCUUAUCAUAUUACCUCUGGUAAUCCAAUUUUAUACAACAAAGCAUGAUGUAUAUAAACAUUACAUUUACAAAAUAUGUAACACUUACGGUUGACAACGAAAGUAACCGCACGCUAGGCUUAUUAAUAUUGAUAUUAUAUUAUAUGGCUACUCUCGUUGUCAUCUGUACAAUGAGUAUGAAAACUAGGUCAUUUUGUAUAUCAUUUCAACAAAAUCGUUAUGAUUGACACGAUUAUUGACUGACCACUACCAAUAUCAAGACGUAGACGAAAUGAACGAAACGCUUACUAUCAAAAUGUUCCUCAGAGAUCGUAGAUUUUACGCCAUUUCUAUAAACUUGAUAGAAAUAUGGAAUUUUGACAGAUGAAAGCACAUUGUGUGCAUCGAUUGCCGUGUGAGAAGGUGUAAUAACACAAUCGGAAAGCAAUCUAAAGUUAACUUUGUAUUUAUUAGGUGUAUGUAAAGAGACCAAACUAUAUUUCAGAUGACACAUUUUCGUCAAAACAUACUGUAAGGUGAAUCUGUCCGAAUUCCAUACAAUUUAUUGGGUUAAGUGUAUUAGAAUUGUGCAGUUACAUUGGCAUACGAGAUAGGAAAGUAAAUUUCUCUUGUAUAAUUAGUAAAGUACAUCAUUUAUGAAAUAAAUAAUUGGCAAUAAAACGCCGGGUCACGUAUGCCGAUGUAACUGCGCCGUAUGUUAGCGUGGAGCGGCGUACGUAUGCGGCGUCGGCGCGCGCCCUGUACAUAGUCUCGCUCAAAUCACUGGCCGCGCCGGCGCCGCCUGUACAUAUUACGACGUAAUGAACGGUGAUAUCUUAGCGGCCUUCGAUUUUUACUUGUAAAGCUAGCUCUAGUGUUCCAUUGUCAUACAUUGAUGCCACUGCGGAGGGCUCUCGUUUGCAUUGCACACUCCCGUUGUGAAACGAUCGUUUGCCAAAUAUUUAGUUGAUUUUGUCAUCUUAUUUAAGUUUCAUUAUGGGUUUGUUUAGUUGUCAUUGUAAAUAGCUUCCGGCAGGGCGGACGCGCGGCGAACCACGUUUUAAUUUCGAUUUGAAUAAAGUACAAAUUGCAAAACCGCAGGGAACCGUCUCUAACGUAAUGUAAGUACAUUACCUCACGUUCGCGCGUCUCCGCCCUGCGUCUCGUAUAAUGUACAGCACAAAUGUCAUUGUAAAAACCUAUUAAUAAGUGCAUAUCAAGAUAAUUUUAAUGUUAGACGUAACUCGGAGGCGUGAGGGAGCGGGUAGGCUGGGGCAUGGCGGCGGGACCGCCGCCGGGCGCUCGGGCGGAACCUGGUUGCAAUAACUAGAGGGUGUACAUUCAAUAUAGCUAAAUGAAAACGAGGAUUUUCUUUUUGGGAGGUUAUUAAUGAAAAAUUAUGUAGAGUCUGUAAACAUGACAACUUUAAUGAAUACACUCGCUUGAAACCUCUUACUAUUUUAUUUUGCGACAAUGUCCCGCCAGACUUCCCGCAUUAGUAUUAAUAACUAAAUUUUUUUAUUUAUAAAUUUAAUUGCGUUUUUAUAAUGUCCCGUGAUCACCUGUAGAAUGCUACACUUACAAAUGAAGUUAAAUCUGUAUGAAAUGAACUUGUAGGCACUAUCGUUAAUGAUUAAGUUUUAUUUUUGGGUUUGAAUAUAAUUUUAAUUUUCGUUUAGUUCUUAUCUUAUGCAAGUGAAGCUAAAUUUGUUAUAGAUAUAAUUAUUUCUAUUACCGAUGCAGAUGCCAGGCUAACGAUACUAAUAAGUAGUUCAAUUUACCUAAAGUUGGAAUUUGAUACUAAUUCACCUAGUUGUGAACGAAACCUUUGUACAACAGUUACCGUCAAAACGUAGAUUGCUAGUCGCCUUAUUACUUUAACCGACUUGACUUUAAAUUUAUUGCUGUAUAUCUCAAGCAGGUUAAUAUGAGAUUUUUUUUUCAUGAAAUAGUUUGUGACACAAAUUCUGGGGCCAAACGUACGAGAAAAAGGAAGUACAAAUUUAAAAAGAUUUUCUCGUAAUUUAGUUUAAGGUUUUUACUUCCAUUGUUAACAUCGAUCGAUACUUUGAAAUUAUUUGGAUGUUACGCGACUACUCUUCUGUUAGUUUUUAACAUUGGAUAUUUGUAAAUGAUCUUUUCCGACCGCAGAACAAUCUGUUAUGGUUUUCUGGCUUUGUGAAGGUUUCAUGUACAUUUUUAUACCGUUUUUACACAACUUUCCACGCAAUACAGUUGUCAUAUAAAAUAACUAGGUAACAAAUAUGUGAGUCCAUUCGCUUAGUGAAGAUACGCUUUGUAUAAUAAGGUGAACGUCUAUUAUUGCUAAUAAGCUGUGACUGUCCGUGCGUUCGUUUCCGUGUACAUAACGGAACGAACUUUACAGGAUAAGUGAAUGCCAUUAUUACGAUACAAAAACGGGCGUCGCAAGUUGCUCCUUUACACACGACGACAGCGUUUAAAGACUCGAGUGGUUGCGACGCCCAUUUUUGGAUUCAGCAACCAUUACAACGAUUUAGUCCGUACAGAGAUAAUGCGUCGGUAUCGGCGGUCCACAGGGUCCUAAUGUAGAAUCUCGAUCCAGACAAUAUAGUACCUAAUUUGUAGAGCCGUUUUGGUCGUUCGCAUGUUAAUGUUUGAUUGUAAAUAUAUUUUUGUUAAGGCGACGUUACAUGUAGAGAUUUGACAAAAGUCCAGUUCAUUAUAAGAUUCCAAGCACACUACAGGUGUCGCCCAUUCUAAUACAAAUCAUAGUCCAUAUAGCAAAUGUAAACAAAAUAUAAGUUCGUCGCUACACACCGUUGCAAUAGUUACUAUGCUGUUAGUGCUAUUCAUUAUAAUAAAUGUCGUCAUUUUAAACAAUCUCUAACGUAGCGUCUCCUCUAGUUGCACAAAUUGUUUCUGCUUGAUACGGUAUGUCAGAGGCGGGAUAUCAAGUGUUGUUUAAAUUCUUCCCUAUAUUUUUAACUGUCGGACUUUAUUUCGUUUAUCGAUUGAUGUUAUGUACUUAUGUUUGUCGUAAACAAUAUGCGAAAGCUUUUUAUAGGCUAAUGCAAACUUUGUCAAUGAACGGGUUGUAUCUAAAUACAUUUUAAGUUUGAUCUUUGAGACAGGAUAAGUAGUGCUAAAAAUUAAUCAAAAGACUUUUUGACGGCAUGUUUUUGUGUAACUUUUUCUGAUUUUAUAAAUGUGAAAAUAGAAGGUGCAAUGUUAUAUAUUUAUGGAGAGUGGUUGGUAUCGCGGCGCGAGGGCCGCGCGACGCGCUGCGCCUGGGCGGUUCAUACGUGUUGGUUGGAAGACUGAGGUUGAUUAUUCCAGUUUCGACGAACGUGCGAGUUAUUUGUUGAUUGAAUUUAAAUAUAAAGUCAUAUAUAUAGUUAGGUUAUAUUUUUUAAUAAAUAUAAUAUUGAGAUAUGUA